UUCUGAUUUUCCAAUAGCUGUAUCUUCAACUUUCUCGCCAAUUUUCCCGUACUUUCCCGGGAAAGUGAAGUGAAAUCCAUGGCCGAUUGGUCUCAACUCCCCAAGGAGCUCCUAGAGGAGAUCGCUAAGCGCCUAGAGAGCCCCUUCUAUCUGCUCCGUUUCCGAUCCGUUUGCUCCUCAUGGCGGUCUUCAGUCUCUUCCAGACCUCGCCGUUUACCAGGUCGGUUUCCGUUCCUCACAAACCAUGGCAUCUGCGACACCACCUUAGGUUUCCACCUCUCGCAGCGCACCGUAUUCCUCAUGGGGUUGCCUAAUUUCCGCAACCAAACAAACCCAGAUUGCUGGCUGGUCAAGAUCGAAGAAGACGUGCCUGGGAGAAUGCAUUUGCUGAACCCACUCUCGCGGUUUCAGCUGAAGCCUCUGCCUGAAUCUUUCCCAAAGGUAUUGGAUUUAUCCAAGUUUUGGGUUUUUGAGUUGGGUGGAGAAUAUGUUCUUCACUAUGUGCAUUUUAGGCCUUUUGUUAAUGGUAACUCUUUUGGUGAUGCUGGCAAUUUGUACAUGGAAAAGGUGGUUUUUAUGUUUUUGGGUUCCGAAAGCAAUGAUUUUGUGUUGCUUACCAUUCACGUGUCUGGGAAAUUAGCUAUGUUUAAGUCUGAGGAUAAGAGGUGGACUAUAAUUCACGAUAUGCCUUCGCCUUAUGAUGAUGUUAUACUGUUUAAAGGACAAUUUUAUGCCGUUGAUGGCACCGGACGUACUGUGAUCGUCGGUUUGCACUCAAAUCUGAAUGUAGUUGCAAAUCCUGUGUUUGGUGGUGAUAAGAAGUUCUUGGUUGAGUCAAGUGGUGAAUUGUUGGUGGUUGAUAUGUAUUUGAGCAUGGCUCCAGAAACCGAUUUGGAUGUUGAUGAUGAAAUCAUCCAAUUGCAAUUCAAUGGUUGUUUGACUGAAAGAACAGUUAGGUUCAAGGUUUUUAAGUUGGAUAGAGAGGGGAAGAGAUUGGUCGAAUUGAAAAGCUUGGGGGAUAGGGUGUUGUUUUUGGGGGAUGAUUGCACCUUUUCUGCCUCGGCUUCAGAGUUAUCUGGUUGUAAAGGGAAUUGUAUAUUUUUUACAGAUAAUUUCUUCUAUACAAGUGGUGAAGAUGAAGGCGUGUUCAAGGGCCGUGAUAUAGGUGUGUUUGACUUGGAUGAUGGUAGUAUUGCACCUUUAUCUGAUUAUCCAGAGUAUUCAAAGCUGUUUUGGCCACCCCCUGACUGGAUUGCACCAACACAAGUGCAAAGUCAGUUUGAAGAAUUGGCUUUGUGAGAUGGAGAUGGAUUGUGGAAAAUCAGUGCACAACUUUGUAAUAACCCGUUAAUGCAUUUGAAAUCCAAGACGUUUCAAGUUUAAAUCUUUUAUAUAGUAGAGUGCAAGGUGAAAGCACAGUUCACACCCUGCGGCUUUGCCAUCAACAAGUUCAGGUGACCAAGCCAGCCUUUGCAACCAAAUCAAGUGGAUCGAAGUUGCCAUAGACAUGAGUCUCUUUAUGAGCCAAGGAUAUUUUACUACUUUCUGUAAGGACCUAAACCUGGAAGGGGAGUUGUUAAGAGGCAGCCAAUUCCUUGUUAACUGAAAAAUAAAUAAUAAUAAAGUAUGUACCAUGUACUUUAUUUGCUUGUAAAUUACUGAAUUAUCAGUGCUUUUGGAAACACAUCUAUCUUGUUCU